AUGGCUCUUGAAACUUGGUUGAUCAAAGUGAAAAGAACUAUAUCCAAACAUCCAAACCAUAAAUCCAACGUUGGCGUAUUAUCCUUUGAGAUUGCUAGCCUUAUGACAAAGCUUCUCCAUCUUUGGAACUCACUUUCAGACAGGGCCAUAAUCCGACUUCGUAAUGAAUCGAUACGCUUCGAAGGUGUCACAAAGCUCGUCUCCAACAACGAGCUUUUCCUUUUGAAGCUAUCGUGUGCCGAACUAGCCGAAAACAUCAACCUGGUAGCCAAGUCCAUUUCAAGGCUAAGCAGCCAAUGCCAAGACGCCAAGCUUCGGUGUUUCGACCAAUGUUUCGAUUCAUUCGCCGAUUCAGGUCAUGAUUUUCAUCUCUGGGCCUUGAGUUCCAAUGACAUGGAAGCUAAGAACAAGAAGAUGGCAACGUUGAUAGCCAUUACAGCAGCUUUAUAUAAAGAAAUGGAAGAAUUAUCCACAAUGGAGAACAAUUUGAGAAAGUGUAACUGUUUCUCCAUGAAAGACCAGCAAAGGCUUUACUGUCAAAGACAAGAGGUUAAGCAUUUGAAACAAAAAUCCUUAUGGAACACAACAUUCGACAACGUUGUUUCCAUCCUUGUAAGAUCGGUUUUCACCAUUUUAGCAAGGUUCAAGCUAGUUUUCGGGCUCGGUUUUUACAAAUCAAACUCAAAUUUCUUGAAACCCCCUCUGGAUACAUUAGGUGCUUCAGCUUUAGCCUUACAUUAUGCAAAUCUAAUCAUUACAUUAGAGAAAAUGAUAAGAUCACCACAUUUAAUAGGCUUGGAUACAAGGGAUGAGCUUUAUUCAAUAUUACCAAGCACCAUUAGGUCAUCAUUAAGGGGUAGAUUAAAAGGAAUAUUAGGGUUCAUAGCAAAUGACCCAUUGCUUGCUGUUGAAUGGAGAUCAGCUAUGGGGAAGAUAUUGAGCUGGUUAUCACCAUUAGCACAUAAUAUGAUCAAAUGGCAAAAUGAAAGGAGCUUUGAGCAUUGGGAUUUCAAUUUGUUGCCUAAAACAAAUGUUCUUCUUUUAGAAACCCUUUUCUUUGCAAAUAAAGAGAAAGCUGAAGCUGCCAUUACUGAACUAUUGGUGGGUUUGAAUUAUAUUUGGAGAUUUGAAAGAGAAAUGACAGCCAAGGCCUUGUUUGAAUGUAGCAAAAUAGUUUAAUGGGGAUUUAAUGGUAUUGUGUUGUUGUUUUUUGGGGGUUUUGAUUUUGAUUUUCUGCCAAUUUUCGUAAUUUUAGACUUGAAACAAGUUUUGUGUAAAUUACAUGAAUUAUGUAUAUAGUCAUGUGAAAAUA